AUGUUGAGAACGGUGAAGAAUAAUAAGGACAAGGGCCGUGUGAAUCACAGUGUCGCUCUCUUUGGAUUUGGAGAUGGAGGAGGGGGCCCCACACAGAAGAUGCUGGACCGGCUCCAGAGAAUGAAGGAUACGGAUGGCCUACCCAGGGUUCAAAUGUCUGUCCCGGAACAAUUUUUCUCUGCCCUGGAGAAGGAAAAGGCUCAGCUCUGUACUUGGGUUGGAGAACUGUUUUUGGAGCUGCAUAACGGCACCUACACAACUCAUGGGCAGAUUAAAAAGGGAAACAGGGAAUGUGAGCGUUUACUCCAUGAUAUUGAGAUCCUGAGUAGUUUGGCUCUGGUGCAGAAACGUUCUUUCCAGUAUCCUUCUGCUCAGCUUCAACACCUUUGGAGGCUCCUACUCUUGAACCAAUUCCACGAUGUCUUACCAGGCAGUUGUAUCCAGCUUGUAGCAGAGGAUGCCAUGCGGUACUACUCAGAAAUUCGCAGUUCUGGAGCCCAGCUUCUGAAAGAGGCCACCCAUUCUUUGUGCGGAGAGCCGUUGGCCAGCCAGGACAAGAGCAGCGAUACCAUUCUGGUUGUCAACACGUUGCCGUGGGAAAGAACCGAAGUCGUUUCCAAAACUGGACCGCGAGGACCUGAGACUUUAGCUUUGGUGACAGUUCCCAGCCUGGGUUUCUGUGCUGUUCCAGAGUCAUUCCCUCCUCCACAUCCUGUGACUAUCAGUAAAGAG